CCUCGGAAGGCAGGAUUGCGGACGGACCGAGAACUUUGUCCGCCAGUCGGACUGCUUCAUCAUGCUUCGCACGCGACCAUUCUUUGGGUCGCUGCUGGUGCUCCUCGUCCUGGUGGCCUCGCACGUCACAGAUACCCAGGCCCGAUACCACCACAUAAGACUGAGGCACGACAGGCACAGGCGGCAUCAGGGCGAGAGCUACGCUCCCCACAGCUAUGCCCUGGACAGCGACGAGCCCGAGUCGGGCAGCUGGGGACCCUGGACCCAUCCAACCCCCUGCUCGAGGACCUGCGGCGGUGGGGUUGCCAUCCAGACUCGCGAGUGCCUCGACCGAGACGAUUCAAACAACGAAAGCUGCACCGGCGCGAGGAAGAAGUACUUCUCGUGCAACAUCCACCCUUGCCCGGGAGAGCCCAAGGAUUUUCGAGCCGAGCAGUGCACCGAGUUCAACAAUCAGCCCUUCGACGGUAUCUACUACGAGUGGAUACCGUAUACGGGCGGUCACAACAAGUGCGAGCUCAACUGCAUGCCAAAGGGCGAGAGGUUUUUCUACAGGCACAAGGAGAGCGUGACCGACGGCACCCUCUGCAACAUCGAGAAAAACGACGUCUGCGUCGAGGGCAAGUGCAUGCCAGUGGGAUGCGACAUGAUGCUGGGUAGCAACGCGAAGGAGGACACGUGUCGCGAGUGUGGCGGGGACGGCUCCGACUGCAAAACCGUACGUGGACUCUUUGACGCGGACGACCUGCAAGUUGGAUACCUCGACAUGUUGCUCAUCCCCGAGGGAGCGACAAACAUCGCAGUCAAGGAGGUCCGACCCUCGAAUAAUUACCUCGCCGUGCGAAACACGACCGGACACUACUACCUCAACGGCAACUGGAGGAUCGACUUUCCGCGCAGCCUUCGAUUCGCCGGCACGAUAUUCCACUACAGCCGAGACCCACAGGGAUUUUCGGCCCCGGACACGAUAACCGCCCUCGGACCGACCAACGAGGCCGUAUACAUCGUGCUGCUCUACCAGGACCACAACGUCGGCGUCCACUACGAGUACAGCAUCCCCAAAAAGUUCUCCCAGCAAUCCGACCCCGACAGCUACACCUGGAUCACCGACGAGUUCUCCCCGUGCAGUACGACCUGCGGGGGUGGUUUCAAAUCGCGGCGAGUGAUGUGCGUGAAGCGGAGGACGAACGAGCCGGCCGACGAGAAGCUGUGCGACCCGACGCUGGAGCCGGCGGACACGGAGGCUUGCGGUGGCGAGCCCUGCCCGGCCCAGUGGGUCGAGGCCGAGUGGUCCGAGUGCAGCAAGCCCUGCGGCGAGGGUGGCGAGCAAACGCGCGACAUCAAGUGCCAACAGAUCGUCUCGGGUGGCGUGCCGACCGUUGUCGACGAGGCCCAGUGCGCCAAGAGCCUCGGGCCCAAGAACGCCACCACCCGCGCGUGCAACAAGGAACUCGAGUGCCCCAAGUUCCACAUCGGCCCGUGGAAGCCCUGCGACCACCUGUGCGGCGAGGGCAAACAAGUGCGCAGAGUCACGUGCUUCAAGAAGAACGACCAGGGGAGGAUCCAAGUGCUGGAGGACUCGGCUUGCGGCAGCCAAGUGCCCGAGCGCGACAGGACCUGCGAGCUGAGGCCCUGCGAGGGCGUCGACUGGGUCAUCUCACCGUGGAGCGGUUGCUCGGAGAAGUGCGGCCUGACCCAAGAAACGAGGACCACCCAGUGCGCCACGCAGGACGGCACCGUCUACCCGGAUAGCAUGUGCGACCCCGAAAAGAAGCCACUUCUGACCAAAGAGUGCGACACCCCGCAGAACUGCGAGUACCAGUGGAUCAAGACCCAGUGGAGCAAGUGCUCGGCGGAGUGCGGCACGGGAGUGCAGACGCGCAAGGUGUUUUGCGCUACCUUCGAGGACGAGGACACCAUGAAGAAGGUCCCGGACGGCAAGUGCGAGCCAUCCGAGAAGUUCAACGCGACGCGCGAGUGCGUCACCAAGGGAGCCGAGUGCAAGGGCGAAUGGUUCGCCGGACCCUGGAGCAAAUGUUCAAAACCAUGCGGGGGUGGCGAGAAUACUCGCAGGGUGGUUUGCCUGAGGGACAACAAGAUCGUUUCGUCGAAUGAGUGCGAUUACAAGACAAUAAUGGAGGAAACGAAGUCGUGCAACCCGCUCGCCUGCGAGGAAGACCAAAUGAUACCGGUCGAGCCGGAAAAGGUGACAGCUCUGAUGGAAGAACAGGGUGAGGCGGACGAGGAGUGCGAGGACGAGGAGGGCUUCGUGAGCGUGAGCUCCCGGUUCAACACCGACGACCAACCGUCCGAUUCGACCGAGACGUCGCCCCUCAGCUCGCCCAUCGGGAGCUCGAGCGCGGACGCCUUCGCCAGCACCCUGGACGACAUGAUGUUCAGCGACGCGGCGUACUCCCGCGGCGACGUCUCCUUCCCCACCGACAGCGGCAGCGGCACCGGCAGUGACGACGAGACCAACCUCUACCCGACCAUAUUCACCCUGGACGAGGGCAGCGGGGCCUCCCCCGACGAGGAGUUCUCCACGCCCUCGCUCGGCUCGGACGUCACGGAACCCUCCGGUCUGAGCGACCCCACUGAAGGCUCGGGAGCAACGGAGACCACUAGCUCGGGCUCCGAGGCGCCGACCGAGGCCGCAACCGGUGCAAGCGACUCGUCCACCGAAGGAGCGACGGAAGCCACCGAACAGCCGACCGACCUGACGACGCAGCAGUCAACGGACGUACCGAGCGAAGCUUCGGCUACCGUCGCCGGCACGGAUGCGACAACCGACAGUUCGGCGUCAUCUUCGCCGGACGCGAGUGAGGCGACCACCCCCGACACCACCCCGACGUCCGACACCGAGACCACCGAGGCUACGUCGGACGGUAGCUCGCCGGUCGACUCGAGCACCUUGGCCACCGACGACGUCUCCGAAACAACUGUGGGAGCGACAUCCGAAGGCUCGGAGUCGCCGGGGGCGUCGAGCAACGCCGUGGAAACAACCGAGGCAAGCGGCAGCGGUGCAACCGAGAGUACCGGCUCGACGGAUUCCGUGACCACCGAAAUGACGGAGUCCUCGGCUACCGGAGCGCCCUCGGAAUCGUCGACUAUGGUGACCGAAGAGACCGAAAUGGCCACGGAGUCCGGGCCGACGACCGAAAGUGGGUUCACGGAGGCGAGCGGGUCGACGGAGACCGGGGCCACAGAGGAGACGACCAUGGCGGAAGGUACAGAGUCGGGAACGACAGAGUCUGGAGGGACGGAAGCUACCAGCGAGCUGAGUACGAUCGCCAGCACCGAGGAGUACACCGAGUCGAGCAUAUCACCGGCUACCGAGUCGGACUUGACCGAGCAAUCUCACAUCACGGAAGUGUUCACGACCGCCAGCCCCGUGCAAACGGCGAUAAAGAUCGAGAACAGGUUCGGCGGGAAAAAGUGCAAGCCGAAGAAAAAGAAGACGUGCAACAAGUCCGAGUUUGGCUGCUGUUACGAUGGAAUCACGGCUGCCCAGGGGCCGUUUGGCAAAGGCUGCCCGACCCCGCACACGUGCGCCGAGACGACUCACGGCUGCUGCCCCGACGGGGUGUCCCCGGCCAAGGGGCCCAAGUUCUUGGACUGUCCCGAUCAGCACUGCAACGAGACGCUCUUCGGUUGCUGCCAGGACGGCGUUACUCCCGCCGAGGGCAAUGACUUUGAGGGCUGCAAGAAACCCUGCAAUCAGACCGAAUUUGGAUGCUGCCCUGACAAGGAGACACCUGCCAGUGGGAAAAACAAUCUCGGGUGCUGCAACACCACCAAGUUUGGAUGCUGUCCGGACAACAUCAAGCCUGCCUCGGGCCCCGAUGGAGAAGGUUGCGAGGAAGAGGUCACCGAAGUAUCCGUGGAAACGACAACCAUCAUCCCGGAGGACUGCGCCAACUCGACUUACGGAUGUUGUCCUGAUGGUCGAAAGACUGCCAAUGGCACGAACUUUGCGGGCUGCGACAUCAUCAACACCAAGAAUUGCACCGCCUCGUACUUUGGAUGCUGCCCGGACAAUGCCACUGCCGCUCUGGGUCCGAACAACACGGGCUGCCACAUGCCGUGCGACAACACGACCUACGGGUGCUGCGAGGACAAAAAAACCCCGGCUCACGGGCCAAACAGGGAGGGCUGUUGUUUGUCGAUGCCGUACGGCUGCUGCCCGGACAACGUGCUGCCGUCCCGGGGCCCGAACUUUUACGGCUGCGGCUGCCAGUACUCGCGUUUCGGGUGCUGCCCGGACAACGCGACCGCCGCCCGCGGGCCAAACAACGAGGGAUGCGGCUGCCAAUACACGACCCACGGCUGCUGCCCGAACCGAUUUACCCCGGCCACUGGUCCGAACUACGGGGGCUGUCCAUGCUACACUUACCAGUUCGGGUGCUGCCCCGACGGGGUCACCGCGGCCAAGGGACCGAGGAGCCAGGGCUGCGGCUGCGAAAACACCGAGUUCAAGUGCUGCUCGGACGGGCGGACGCCGGCCAAGGGCCCGAACUUUGCGGGCUGUGCCUGCGACGCGUCCAAGUACGGCUGCUGCCCCGACGGGGUCGAGGAGGCCCAGGGCGAGGACUUUGAGGGCUGCCUCAAUCGGCCCUCCCAUCCCGGGGAGGCGUGCGGCAUGCCGCGGGACAGGGGCACCUGCCGCGAGUUCACCGUCAAGUGGUUCUACGACACCGAGUACGGGGGCUGCUCGAGAUUCUGGUACGGUGGCUGCGAGGGCAACGACAACCGAUUCAAGACCCAAGAGGAGUGCAAGGCGACUUGCGUCGAGCCACGAGGAAAGGACAUCUGCUACUUGCCCAAGAUAUCUGGGCCCUGCGAGGGAUACCAGCCCACUUGGUACUUUGACGGCGAAAGGAAGCAGUGCGGUCAGUUCAUCUACUCGGGCUGUCUCGGAAACGCCAACAGAUUCAAGAGCCGCGAGGAGUGCGAGGAGCGUUGCUCUGAGACUGCUGAUACUGACCCUUGCACUUUGCUCAAAGAGCAGGGACCCUGCGAAGGAAACUUCACGAGGUGGUUCUUCAACAAGGAAACCCAAAAUUGCGAGGUGUUCAAGUACGGAGGCUGCAAAGGCAACCACAACAACUACCCGUCCGAGUUGGCUUGCCGACAGCAGUGUCUACAACCUGGACGCAGUCGAGACUCGUGCUCGCUGCCACGCACCGAGGGUAACUGCACGGACAAGUACUCGCGCUGGUACUUUGACCAGCAGGAGAAUCGUUGCAUGCCAUUUUAUUACACUGGCUGCGGUGGAAAUAAAAAUAACUUUGCCUCUAGAGAUGCAUGUGAGUCCGAUUGCCCGCCCAAGAUUGAGCAGGACAUGUGUCUCCUGCCGGCGCUACUUGGCGAAUGCCACAACUACACCCAACGCUGGUACUUUGAUUCGUACGAGCAGAGGUGCAGGCAGUUCUACUACGGUGGCUGCGGCGGUAACACCAACAACUUCCACACCGAAUCCGAGUGCCAGAACAGAUGCGAAAAUCCAACUGCGACUCCCACUGCUCCCGAAGUAGAAUUCCAGACGGAAUUCUGCUUCCUACCGGACGAGCGUGGCCCGUGCACGAACUACGUAAACAAGUGGUUCUACGACAGCCGAGAGGGCAUAUGCAAGCAGUUCGUCUACGGCGGCUGUUCUAGCAACGGAAACGCCUUCAACUCCCGCGAGGAGUGCGAGUACAGAUGCGGGGACGUACAAGACCCGUGCACGAUGCCCGUACUGGUUGGCCCGUGCAACGGCUCGGUGCCGCAGUUCUACUACGACCGACGAGCGGACGCCUGCUACUCGUUCGACUACAGCGGCUGCCAGGGCAACAAGAACCGCUUCAACGACUUGCACGUCUGCGAGCAGCGCUGCCGCAAGCGGCCACCCACCGAACCAUCGACCCAACCGCCCGCCACGAGCCGGCCGGCGCCCUCCGGCGGCCUCAGCCGGGCAUGUCUCGAGCCGGUUGAAGCCGGGCCCUGCAACGGCGAGGUCACCGCCUACUUCUACGACGGCAGCCAGGCCAAGUGCCAGGCGUUUAUCUACGGGGGCUGCGAGGGCAACGCCAACCGGUACGAGACCGAGGAACAGUGUGAGAGGCUCUGCGGCAAGUUCCGGGAUCAAGACAUCUGUCACCUGCCGCCCGAUCAGGGUCCCUGUCGCGGUGCCUUUUCCAAAUUCUACUACGACCAGAGGUCCCGCGUGUGCAGGGAGUUCACCUACGGUGGCUGCGACGGCAACGCCAACCGGUUUAGCUCGCGCAACGAGUGCGAGUCCGUCUGCAUCCAUCACGAGGAGCCGGCCCAGUCCGGCAACAAGACCGCCCUCUCCGAUCUGACUAUCUGCAAAGAGCCCGUCGAUAUUGGCUCGUGCACUGUCGGCAACUACAAACGCUUCUAUUACGACGACGAAUAUCAAACGUGCCGAGCUUUCAUUUACACCGGUUGCGGUGGCAAUCGUAACAACUUCAAGACUAUCGAUUCUUGUCUUAAAGUUUGUCGUCAAAUCAACAGCAUCCCGGACGACAACCAAGACACGAAAGACCCAUGCGCCGAGGCCACCGAGCACUGCAACCAGCUGCACUGCCCCUAUGGUCAGGAAGACUACGUGGACUCGCAAAACUGCCAGCGCUGCCGGUGCGUCGAGCCGUGCCAGUCCAUCAGCUGUCCCGAGAGCACCAAGUGCGCCGUGACCCUCGUAAGGACGAGCGAGGGUACCGAGUACCGAGGCAUCUGCAACCCUGUGAGCAAGCCCGGCAGGUGCCCGGAAGUGUCGAACAGCACGAGGUGCGACCAGGAGUGCUACUCGGACGCCGACUGUUCGGGCGAGCAAAAGUGCUGCAACAGCGGCUGCGGCACCUCCUGCCUGAGCCCGCCGAGGGAGGAGGAGCACGCCCCACCGGACUCCAACGACUACCGGCAGGAGACGAUACCGGCCGGUGCGGUGGCCGCCAGGAUCGAGCAGCCCGAGUCGCCCAACGUCGUCGCCGAGGAAGGCGGUUACGUCACGCUGCACUGCGUCGUCAUCGGGAAUCCAGCGCCCCUCAUCGUUUGGAGGAAGGACGCCAAGACCAUCGGCCAGAACGAAAACAGGCGACGCAUCCUCGGGGACGGGUCGCUGCAGAUCAUCAAUCUCUACUCGUACGACAAGGGACUGUACGUCUGCACGGCUGAUAACAGGAUGGGCCCGCCCGUUCAGAUAGAGUACCAGCUCGAGGUCACGGAGCCGCAUGACUGCCCGCCCAACGUGAUAGACGAGCCGAACCGUCCGACCACGGUGGCCCUGAACUCGCCCAUGGUGUUGCAUUGCUACGCGAUCGGUUGGCCCCGGCCCACGGUCACCUGGUGGCGCAACGAUAGCAUGCUGCCCCUCUCGUCCGAGCACUACGAGCAGGAAUCCGACAACACUCUGCGCAUACGCUCGGUCACCCUCAGCAUGCUCGGCGUUUACACGUGCCACGCGUUCAACGGCGUGGGCAAGCCGGCCGAGUGGUCGACCAUACUCCAAGCCCUGGGACCCGUGACCAACGUCCCGCCCGACCAGGAAAAGUAUACCCAGUAUCUGGUCCAGCCGCCCCAAAGGCCCGAGAAACCGAGUUACCCCUACAGGCCCAAUCGAACGCAGAGCCACGACAACCAGACUUACGCGCCGUUCCCCACGACCACCAGGCGCUAUGGUAUACCGCAGGUCGUACCUAUCGACCUGUCGACCACUAGGGCACCCAGAACCGAGUACGCCGCUCCGGUGCGCGUCAAUGUGUCGGCACCGCAGGCUCAAUUCGCCGAGGAUGGUCCCAUCACCUUGCGCUGCAACGCCACGGGAUAUCCACCCCCACGCGUCACGUGGUACAAGAACGACGUUCCACUACAAGAGGACGAUAGAAUCAGGAUUUCGGAAUCCAACGAGUUGACGAUAUCGCCGGCGAAUUCCAACGACACCGGCAGCUACCGCUGCGAGGGCGUCAACCAGUACUCGAAUAGCGCCGAGACUGUGGAAAUCCGCGUAGCCGGCAUGUACAUCGAUCCGAGCUGCCAGGACGACUCCCGCCUGGCCAAUUGUACUCUGAUAGUCGCGGCGAGAUACUGCCACCACCAGUACUACACCAAGUUCUGCUGUCGGUCGUGCACGGAAGCGGGACAACUGCCGGCCCGGCCGGUGCCGCCUUACGCUGGUCAGAGGACGAAGAGGUCGCUGUUUUCGUUUUUUUAAUUGCGACGACUCGAUGAGUGGUCGAUAAGAAGGAGAACAACACAAAUACGACAAAUAAUCGAAUAUUCCACACUGCCGAAGCCUUGGGUCGUCUAUAUAUACACACGCACGAAUGGCAAUAACUAACGCGAACAACAUUGCAACUUGCAAGGAAAUAAAAUUUUUUUUUUUUUUUUUUUUUCGUUUAAUCUGUAUGUAUAGACUGAUCCAAUGCUGACUCCUAGUCCAAAGGGCCGGUUUUGUAAUUAUAAGCGCAAGCCCUGCGAGGCCACCAAAAUUGCCUCGACGACAAAAAAACUUAAUUCCAUACGAUCACCGCACAAAAUUCAUAGCCAUCAUCAACAAUAUCCGGAUGGUUGAUGAAGAAAAAGAUAAUAACUUUUUCUUUUCUCUAUACUUACGUUCGAUAAGUACAAGCUACAAUGAUUAUUGUUGGUCAAAAUUUGUAGUCUUUGAUUUCUUACCUCGUCGGCGACAAAGAUUAUUAUACACGUGGACCUCGAAUCGAAGGUUUUUCCGAUCUUUACAACUUAAACUAGAUACUUAUUGUAGUACAAUCAUUGUACCAUUUGUACCUCUGCCAUACAUCUCAGAUAAUAGAUAUAUAUAUAUAUAAGAAUAUAUAUGCGUAGGUUAAUAUUGACGAAUAAAGUAUUGUACUGACAUAAACAUUGACGAUAUUAUAAUCCAGAAAGUAAUAAGAUAAACAUACAUGAGGUAUGAUUUUUUUCGGGAUGAAUGUUUACAAUUUUUUAUCAAACUUUUUGUUACAUUGUUGAUACAUUAAAAGUA